AUGGCGUGCCCGGAAAGAGACAGACUCAAGCCCAAGAAAGAUUUAUCACUCAGCUCCCUAAUAUUGUGGAAUAUAAAAAAAGUUAUGGAAAUUAACACUUCUGUUAACCUUAAGGAUGCAAUGCAAUCAGCAUAUCAGCAUUUGGAAGAGGGAUCCUAUGACGUGAAUACCUUGAUGGCACAAGGACCGGAGGAACAGCAUCUGGCUUGCGCAAUACUUGCAUGGCAGCGUCUUGGGCAUGGCAGAGUUGACAGUUUAAUCAACUUUAUACAGCGAGAGAAGCGAUCUAGGUUGAUGAAAAAAGCAAGUACGAAGGUGUCUUUCAAGGCAAGAGAUUCACAAGAAGCAGAAUGUAGUAAGAAUAUCAUGGGUUCAGCUGUAAUCGGGCCCGUGGUGAGGCUACCCGUGGAGACAAAAAUCGUGAUGCAUAUGGAAAAUCCAUGUGCGCGUCAUCAACCGAAGAAGAAGCCGCAAAAAGAAAUUAUAAGUAAAAUCGAGCCAUGUUGUAUGGACUCAGCCUGUAUAAAAAGAUUAACAGAUUUGGAUGCAGCAACAGGAGAGUUGAGGAAACGAGCGGCAAGACUCGCGAAACGGGAAGCGGAGAGAGUGGAACUACUGGAGAGAGCCGAGGCUGCAUGGAGAGAUCUAGAAGUUGGAUACCAAAGAAGACUGACACUAGCAGAAGAGAAGGAAGAAGACUUGACUAAGGAGAUAAAGAAAUUAAUAGAAGAUCGAAAUGAGUAUAAGAAAGCGACGAAUGAACUGAUAAAACAGUUGAAGGAGCGUUCAAAAGCCGUCGAAAAGGAGAGAGAACAGCUGACGGAGAUUGAAAAGGAAGUGUGUAAUAGAGCCUGUGAGAGGUUAAGGCUCAGUGAGCUGGCGACGCAAGGUGAUGCAGCAAUGGCUGAACUGCAUUGUCGGUCAACGCAGCUGGAGAGAGAACUAUUGUAUAAAGAAGAGCAAGCAAGACGGAAAGUUAUAGCUUUGGAGAAUGAAAUAGAUUCUAUCCGGGGUCUAACUCUAGAAGCAGAGAGAGCGAUGCGUUCAGAGUUGUCAGCUUUGAAGGAACAGAUGAUGGAUGUUUCUAAACAACUGCUCGUCGAGGAGUCGAAGAAUCAUAAAAUCAAGGCUGAACUAGAAGAAAUGCGCCAAGAAAAAAUGAAUAUAAUAGAAGAUCUGGAGGGCUGUAAGGAUAUGUGCGACGGAAGAAUACAGAAGAGAGUUGAUGUUUUGAAGACUAAAAGAGAAGAGCUAAAUGAGCUAAAGAACAGAGUGAUUGAGUGUGAAUGCAAGUUGCCGCAAGACGCCGCUGUUGAAGUUAAAAGAACCCCAUCAUUGGCUGCUCUGUGUCAUUGUCAACCCGAAGACAGGGCAUUGGAAGCAUGCUCUUGCAUGUCGCUAAGAAGCCAAAUGCUGUCGAACCUUCUGUCCGACCUGUUCAGUGGUCUCCAAUCGGAGUUGGGCGGUACUAAGUCUGAGAUGCCGUGCCAACUACUCAAAUGUUUAGAGGAUAGACACAAUUGGGAUCGUGGGAGUUUAGUUAAAACUAACCUGAGAAAUUUCUUCGCGCAAUUGCUCAUAGGCGAACUUGAUAUUGCAAUUGCUACUUCCAUUGAGAAGUAUCAUGUUAAGUGGGUUGGUGCAUGCUGUACCGAUCAUUUGAGAGUGGUCUCCGGCCAUGAAGAGGACGACGGCUGGCAAGAGAGGGCCAUAGAACGGAGAGCACAGAAAUUGGCAACACAGUUGGCAGAGAAACUAUUCAGGGAGAGGGCGGAUCUGAUGGCGCAGAAAGCGAAGGAUAUCAUGAACGCUGGACCACCACCUUGUGAAUGCAAACCGCAGCAAAAUGCAGCAGUGUACCCAUGCUUGGUGAAGACUCAAAAUCCAAAUGGACGAAAAAUUGACGGGACCCCCUCAUGCUUAAAGAAGACAAUACAAGAUGUAACGAACAUAAAAUCACAAAUUGAAAAUCUUAAGAAGGAAUCGAUAAAGAAAGAAGACUUGCGGCAAAUGGAAGACAAAUUGGCUAGAAUAAUUCAAAGAGUCUCGAAACAAGAUACUAAAAAGGGAACCCUUAACAACAAUAAAAUUGACAAAAAGAUAAGCAUUGAUGAAACUACUAAUAAAGUAAAUAUUUUGAAAUCAACGCGCGUAGAACCAAUACAAACUAGAAAAAGCAAUAGACUCCAAAGCAAUAUAAGUGGACGCGUUGAGAAAUAUUCCAAUAAAAUGAAUCUUAAGAAAAGGGAUCCUUCUGUAGCGGUAAACUUAUGUUUAUGUAAUCCACAUAAAACUAAAGAAAUGAAUGACCUAAAUAAUUCUAAGUCAUCUUGGAAUCCAAAUUUUUUUUCUGAAUUGACUACUCAAAUUUCUACUGUUAAGUUGUCGAAACCAAUUGUAACACUUCCAAAAUCUUCCAAAGCCAACAGUGAUAAAAAAAUUCGGAAAAAAGCAUGUCCAAGCAAGUGUGUCUGCUUACAUAAAAUACCAUCAAAUAAAUCCAUAGAUAAGUUAUUAGAUGCUUUAAAGAAUUGGAAGUUCAAGCUAGACGAUCCAACUUUUGCUCAAGCAAUGGAAACGAAUGGAAUAAAACGAUCGCCCUUCGACAUUUCUAACGGAAAUCGUCAAACUAAAAAUUUAAAUAAUGUAAUUGAUAAUUCUAUAGAAGACAGUAAUAAUAAACAGAAAUUAGAUUACCUACCAUUAUCUACCCUAUCAGAAUAUAUGGGAGCAGUAAAUUUAGAUAAAAGCGAUGAAAAUGUUUGUAAAUGCAUUCCAGACGAUGUAACAAAUACAAGUGACAAUAGCCCUUUACGUAAAUUUAAAUGUAUUAGUGCAAACUUAUGUGCAUGUAAAGAAGUCGAAAAAGAAAAACCUCACGAGAAAAAAUCACAAAUAUACACUGUUAACGUCACCGAUCAAACCUAUGAGUCAUCAAUUAAAGAAGCUGGUAUUCAAAAGGAUUCAUUUAUAGACAAAAUAGUCAAAGAUUCAGAUUUAUUUUCAAAUGAUUGUGAAUAUGAUAUAAAAUUUUUGGGCGCCACAUUAACAGAUUACAGAAAUACCAACCAUGAGAUGAAGUCAAGGAAUGAGCUUGUCCCAGACAGUAAACAUUUGAAUAGAACUUCGAAUAAGGACAAAUUUAGUCGUUCUGAUACAUAUGAUAAUUUGCGACGACUAUUUGAUAAUGACAUAAUAAAAUGCGAUAAAGUAGAAAGAGCGGAAAGCAUAUCAAAACCAACAAAAGAAUCUUGUAUAUGUUGCAAUGACACUGAGCAGCAAGAAGAUUUGGAAUGCAAUACUUUUAAUUUACUUGAAGAUUACUUGAGAGAUAGAUUAAAUCAAUUUAAAACAUCUUGUAAAUCGUCAUGCAUACAACCAAAAGACGAAGAGAAAUUAUACUCUACUGUUUUAAAUAAAGUAAAAGAUUUUAUAAGCAUAAACACCGACAAGGUUUCUUGUAAGUGCUUAAAAGCCUGCGAAGGUGAUGAUCGGUGGACGCGAGUCUAUGGUUUAUUACAGGAAUAUUUAAAUAUGAAAAUUCAGCGCGUUCAGUGUACUUGUGCGCAACGCGAGGAACCAAGCGCAUUGCCAAACGUGUUAGAUGAAGUCACAAAUUUAAUUAAUAACGAUUUUAAAAAACUGAAAGAUUUAUGUGUGUGUGAAAGAAAGCGUCCGGACGACGAACCCGCAACUAAAGCGAGCGUUCGUUUUUCAGAGAAAGAAACUGUUCAGACGCCAGACAAAAAGGAAAUGUCGUCUUUUACCACCAAUGUUGAUGUACUAAAUACAUCGUGUAGCCCCAUACCAUCUAUAGAUAAUCGAGUUAAUGUGGAAAUGGUAGAAAAAGUAACAUCAUGCAAACUUAAUAAUUUGUACAUAACCGACUGUAAAUGUCGCAAUGCAUUCACCGAACCAUGUUUUUUAGGAGUUGCUGUGAAUGAGGAAACAGAGAUACCUAGUUUAUCAAACGUUGAUAUGAAGUCAUCAACAACAUCGAAAGGAGUCUAUAGCAAUAUCGAAUUAAAACAACCCUACAUUGGUUAUACAUUGAACUGUUCCUGUGAUAACUACUUAGGUUGCGUGUGCACUAAAUCAUUAGUACAAACAAACGACGAUAAAAUUAAUUUAAUUUGGAACUCUUUUAGUAAAGUAUAUCCAGAAAAACUGUCGUACAUAAUGCGAGCUGUCCCUCUUAUAAAAUCGGAACAUAAUAGUUUUGGCAAAGAAUUUUUAAGUUAUACAACGCAAGAUCUAAAAGAUGAUGAAUAUUUUGAUAUCAAAGAAUCAGAAUGUCAAACACAAACAAGUAAUGAAGGUGAAAUAGCUUUAAAGAAAUCAGCUGAUGUAAUUGAUAAAUCUAACAAUGAUACAAACACAGAAGUUAAGGGAAAGGAAAGCACGUCAAGCCAUCAAAGUUUUGUAACAGUCCCGAACGAUGAAGAUAUAUUGACUAAUAAGAAUACUUUGUACAAUUCGUUGUUUCUACCGGUCGAUAAUCUUGGUUCUAUUAAAAGUGAUAGUAGCUCUAAAUCAAACGGCUGUGAAUGCAAUAUGGUCCCAAUAUGUCAUAUAAAAUUGCUUGUCGAAAAUAUUGAAUACAAUUUGAAGAACUCAAAUUGUAUUUGUGACGCAAUGAGUUCACAAGUUUGUCCCAUUCAUAAGAGUGUAAAGGUUAUUUAA